AACUGUUCAGGCAGUCUGAGCCUACUACAGAAGAACCUUCAGUUGCAGCACCAUGAACCAAAGUGUUGUUCUUAUUUUCUGCCUUAUCCUUCUGACUCUGAGAGGAACUCAAGAAAUACCUCUCUCUAGGACUACACGCUGUACGUGCAUCAAGAUCAGUGAUCGACCUGUUAAUCCAAGGUCCUUAGAAAAACUUGAAGUGAUUCCUGCAAGUCAAUCUUGCCCACGUGUUGAGAUCAUUGCCACAAUGAAAAAGAACGGGGAGAAAAGAUGUCUUAAUCCAGAGUCUAAGACCAUCAAGAAUUUACUGAAAGCAAUUAGCAAGAACAGGUCCAGAAGAUCUCAAACACAGAAAGAGGCAUAAUCACUGCACUACCGAUAAGGAUGGACCACAGAGAAGCUACCUCUGCCGUCACUUCCCUACACACAGUAUAUGUCAAGUCUAAUUGUCCGCGGAUUGCAGUUCUCCUAAAAGGUGACCAACCACAGUCACCAAAUUAGCUGCUACUGCUCCUGUAGGGCGGUGGAUGGCUCAUCGUCCUGAGCUGUUUGGUAGUAACUCUGCCCUGGCACUAUACUAUAAGCUACGCUGAGGCGCUACAUUCUUAAUGAGUGUGCCAAGCCCUAGCCCUGCUACUGACAGCUUCCUCACCUUUUCUAUCUUCUAAAGGGGGUUAUGAAGGGGUCUUCCCCCUCUGGGCUUAUCAGGGAUCUUAGAAUCUCAAAUAACUAAAAGGUAUUCAAAGCAAUAAUACAAUCUGCCUUUUAAAGAAAGAUCUUUACUCCAUGGGCUUCUACUGCCAUCCCUCCAAGGGGCCCAUAUUCUUCCGGGUGUUAUAUACAUAAUUCCAAAUACACAGAAGCAGCUAGAAAUAUCUGGAAAUGUAUGUGAAAAUAGUAUUAUUUAGUCAAAGACUACACAAAGUAGAAUUCUUAGAUGUAUAUGUUUCUUAUAUUGUUUUCAGUGUUUAUAUAAUAACUUGUGUAAUUAAGUACUGCAAUGGGAGAAAUUUUAAAAUUUAGAUACAUGUUCUGCAUGUUAUGUAAGACAAA